AUGGAGAAAAGAUUUGUCAGCAUUAAGCAAGAGGACUUCAUUAAGGAGGAGGAUUGUGAGCAGGGGUCUACAGGCACUGAAGGCUCCUCCGAGCAGAAGUCUGACAGCAUCGUCUUGCAGAAAUGUGAAGUUGCCGGCUGUGUCAAGGAAGACCAUCUUUUCUCCGAGUCUUAUUCUCAUUAUGGGUGCCACGAUGAAACAAUGGCUGGAUUAGAAACCACCCAGAAUAGACCUUGGUAUUUCCAGGAGCAUUCAGUCAAUAUAAAGUCUGAAUCUGUAAUGCCUGACAUGAAAAGGACUGAGGAGAUAUCAUCAAGUGGAGUUCUGGAAGAUCAGCUGUCAAAUCACGCUGGAGAAGAUUUACCAGAGAGGAGCAGCUUCUCCUCAUCUUCAUUUUUUCAGAGGUCUUUUGACUGCAAUCCAGAACUGACACCAUGUGGUGCAAACAUGAAGAAAUUAACAUCAGGAUCAGCGAGUUUGAUGCUGGCCACUCUGCAGUGUAAUUCUUUGCCUGUUGUGAAAUUAACAAAGGUAGAUGCGAUCAAGGCUAAUUUACAGGUGCAAAACACAAAGUCAGAGACUUGGUUUGUUGGCCAUGGAAACAGGAAAGGUUUAAAAUACAAAGCUAAUUAUAAAAAUCAUCAGUGGACCCGUAUGAAACAGAAGCCACAUUGUUGUUCUGAAUGUGGCAAACAGUUCUUACUUAAAAGCAUCCUUCAGAGACACAUGCAGACUCAUACAGGAGAAAAACCUCAUUGCUGUUCGCAAUGUGGCAAAUGCUUUUCUGACAGAAGCCAUCUUCAGAUACAUAUAAGAUGUCACACUGGAGAGAAGCCAUAUGGCUGUCUAGAAUGUGGCAAAGGAUUCUCAAACAAAAGCACUCUUCGGACACACAAAAAAAUUCACACUGGGGAGAAGCCACAUUGCUGUUCUGAAUGUGGCAAGAGAUUUUCACGUAAUAGCAAUCUUCAGAGCCACUUAAAACUCCACACUGGUGAGAAGAUGUAUUACUGUACUGAAUGUGGCAAACGAUUCUUACUUAAAAGCUAUCUUCAGAGACACUCCAAAAUUCAUACUGGAUUGAAACCUUACUGCUGUGGUCAAUGUGGAAAACAAUUUUCUCGCAACAGCAAUCUUCAGAGUCAUAUCAGAAUUCACACUGGAGAAAAGCCAUAUUACUGUUCUUUGUGUGGCAAACGGUUCUUGCUUAAUAGUCACCUUAAGAGACAUGCAAAAAUUCAUACUGGAGUGAAACCUUACAGCUGUGUUCAGUGUGGCAAACGUUUUUCCAACAGUAGCCAUCUUCAGAACCAUACAAGAAUUCACACUGGAGAGAAGCCAUACAGCUGUCUGGAGUGUGGCAAACAAUUCCCCUACAAGAGCACUCUUCAGACCCAUACAAUAAUUCACACUGGAGAGAAGCCCUAUUGUUGUCUUGAAUGUGGGAAACAAUUCUCUGACAACAGCAGCCUUCAGCGGCACACAAGAAGCCACACUGGGGAGAAACCAUAUUGUUGUACUGAAUGUGGCAAACAAUUUUCACGGCAUAGUAGUCUAACAACCCACACAAGAAUUCACACUGGAGAAAAACCAUAUGGCUGUUCUGACUGUGGAAAACAGUUCUCCAACAGGAGGUAUCUUCAGACACAUGUUAGAGUUCACACUGGAGAGAAGCCAUAUUAUUGUUCAGAAUGUGGCAAAUUAUUCACUGAAAGAAGUAGUCUACAGAGACACACAAGAAUCCACACUGGAGAGAAGCCUUAUUGCUGUAGUGAAUGUGGCAAACGAUUCACUGACCGGAGCAGUCUGAGGUAUCACAUACAACAUCACCCCUAG